UGUGUAGCAAAACAUCAUGACGUUCAGGGCAGGGAAUAAACACACUGACUGACCCAUCUAUAGGAUGAUCGGCAAUCCCUCGCAAGCAUUGCCGAUAAACCCAGUGCCAAUUGUAACCCAAUGGGCUUUAGAUUAUUUAACAGAGGACCGCGAAGAUGAUCAUCGCCAGAGGAGGAAAUGCUGCGGCUGUUUGGGGUCAAUUCUACGCUGGAUUCCGGUGAUCUUCAUGGGCGCCAUUCUAGUCUAUUCGUACUAUGUGUAUGUGUGGCACUUGUGCCUGCAGAAAAUGACAAAUUAUAUCGUCAUGGGUGUCCUCCUGCUCUGGUAUCACUUGCUGCUGGUGAUGUUCCUUUGGACCUACUGGAGGAGCAUUUGGACGAGGGUCGUGCCCAUUCCGGAUGAGUGGAGCAUACCGGACGCCGACUGGCGCCGACUGCAGCGAGCCGACGGCCUGGUGGAGAGGCGGCGCAUACUGGUGGCCGUCGCUGGCAGUUUGCCCAUCAGCAUGUGCGAUCAGAACGGCGUCGUGCGGUACUGUGCGUACUGCCGGAUCAUCAAGCCGGAUCGCGCACACCACUGCAGGACCUGUCAGCGGUGCAUCCUCAAGAUGGACCACCACUGCCCCUGGGUGAACAACUGUGUGCACUUCCACAACUACAAGUUCUUCGUGCUGUUCCUGUUCUACUCCUCGCUCUACUGCCUGGACAUCCUAGUCACCCUGCUGCACCACCUCCACCAUGAGUGGGGAUUCGACUUUGACAAUGUGACCAUGGACUCGCUGCUGACCAUGGUCCCCUUGGUCUUUGCCAUGAUAUUCAGCAGCGCCGCGCUGAUAAUGCUCGGCAUCCAUAUCUACUUUGUGCUCGUGAACCGCACCACCAUGGAGUCGGCCCAUUCUCCCAUAUUCUGUGUGGCCGGCCGCACCAGGAAAAACUUCAGCCUGGGCCGCUGUGCCAAUUUCUGCGAGGUAUUUGGCUACAGAUGGUACCUGUGGCCGCUGCCCAUCUACAGCAGCUGCGGCAAUGGCCUCACCUUUCCCAUAUUCAAUAAUCGGGAUGGAUCUGUUAGUUCUACGGGUGUGUAGUCAAACGAGAGAAAUGAGCAAUGGAAUAUGCGAAAAUACUCGUAUCUAUUAAAGCAAAAUGCUCUGCCACGAGUGUUGUACUUCCAACACAACAACAAGGGAAACGGAAUGCUCCAUCAACAUCUUAAUUUACGAUUCAUUGGCAGCAAGUGCAUCUGCCACAACUGCAAUGCAGUCCCGCUGAGUGGCCACCAUCGAUAAAUCCUCCUCCACAUGCUGCGCAUUCCUUUGGGGUGCAAUUUCCACACAGUUCACAGUCGUUUAUAAAACGCUUAACAUUCGUGACAUAUUUCGCAUUUGGCUGGGCGACGGGCACAGAAAUUUAUAGACUUUAUCCAUUAGGAAAACAAUUACGAGUGCAAACAAUGGCCAGCGUCCACUAUAGCGGAGCGGGGCGGGAUGGGAAAGCAGGACUCCCUGGCCAGAGGCACAGCCAUAAGCAUUGAGCAUAUGUUGAGAUUGUCGCGCUGCCAGUUCAUUGUCCUGCCGGAGGAACCAGAGUCUGUGUGGUGUGGUGUGGUGUGUUGUGAGGAGAGGAAAAACUUUAUAUAUUUUCUUAUUAUUCUGCCACAGAAUAUGCGGCGAGUGGACACGCGAUGCUAGGGAUGCUAGGGAGGUGGCAUGGCGUUGGCGUUGGCGUUGGCGACUUCUUGACUG